CAGUCGCGCGCCUUUCCUGCGCUCGUCGUCGCCGGCGGCAGAACCAGCAGGUCCCGGGGAUUGUCGUCGUUGUUGUAUUCUUGCCUCGGGCCUCACUAUCAGCUUCCUUUGCGCAACCAGCAGCUGGUCCCCCGAUUUGGCGGUAUUGAUUUAUUCUUAGCUGUGUCUUCUCUCUCCACCGUCGUUGUUGCUAUGUAAUAUCUCUCCAGCGAGGCUGCAACCUGUGACCUCAUCGCCAAUCUGCUCUCCUCUGGUGUUAUGUGCCUCUCUCCGCCGCUGUUGUGCUCUCUACUCAUCCAGUUUCGGUCACUUCCUCUGUACUCUCUCGCCGCCAGUCAGCUCUCUCCAACGGCAUGUCACAGUGGAAGCAACGAUAGUAGAGCCUGGUCAAAGAACCUACUUCGUUCCUAAACCUCUUCAAAUUUCUUUCCCCUGCCUGGAUCUUUUUGUCUAGUAAUUUGGAGCAGGAAGCUCUGUUUGUGCCUUUGGUGGUUAAGUUGUGUAUUGUACGGCAAUGGAUUUCAUAGAAUCUUCAGUUCCAGAAGCACUAGAUUGUGAUCUCUCAAUUCCAAGGGGUGGACCCAUUUAUGUUCCCAAUAUGGUCAGCCCCUCCACAAGGGUUCCUCAGUUUGAAAACUCUAUAAUUUCUGAACUUCAGAAUCUAGAGGCUGAAUUAUCACAAGAUGCCACCCGAAUCUCUGAUGAUGAUGUCUCGGUUGAUGAUCUUAAAAUAUUUACAGAGGACGAGCUAAUGGAUAUGUCUUUGAAGGAAGUAUUUGAGGGUAUGGAGAACAAUGAAAAUCGUCCACCACCUUCAGACCAAUCCAAAGUGGGGGGUGAUGAAAAGAGGUCAAGGAAAAAACGGAAAGGAACAAAUACUCCUAUUCUUGAGAGUGGUUGUAUAGAAAAGGUGGAGCAAGUUGUGAGAAUCAAACAAAGGCAAGAAGAAGACAAGGAAUCAGCGAGACUUCAUUCAUUUAAUCCUGCUUGCAAGAUCAUUGAAACCCUCAAACCAGGCAGGAACGAAAGGAUGAGAUCACUUAGGUCCACAAAUUAUACCAAAAAGGUCAGUGCAGCAGAUCUUCAACAACACAUACCUGUGACAUUUCCUGAAGUUCUUCUAUCCGUGGAGGUUUACCAUAAUGUUCGACAGUGUGUCAAGACCCAAGAGUUGUUAGUUCUUGGAAAGCAGCCUUUAACUGAUUUAAGGGACAAGAUCCAUUGCUCAAUGGACCAGGUGAUGCAAAAAGCUGGGCAGUAUGAUCCUUCUGGAUAUUUUCUCAUUGAAGAUGUAUUUUACACUGAUUUGAGAGACCCAUCUGCUAUUAAUUAUGCCAAACCUAUACUGGAUUGGCUCCGAAACUCAAAGGAGGAGGUGCAAAAAAAAUGGGAAUAUAUUAUAAGUGGCAGACUACACCAGAAACAUAAAGCAAUUAUGGGUGAAGUAUCUGCAUCAAACUUGCCUCGCUUUGCAUCGAUUGAGAUGCAAAAGAUACGUUUUUGUGACUUACUAUUUCGACUUGGUGCUGGAUACCUCUAUUGUCACCAGGGUGAUUGCACGCAUACCUUAGUGAUUCGAGAUAUGAGGUUAUUUCAUACCGAUGAUGUGCAUAAUCGGACGGUUUAUCCAAUAGUCACCUUUCAACUGAAAACGGUUUUUAAGAAAUGCAGUGCUUGCAAAAUAUUCAGAGCUACAAAGGUAACAGCCGAUGACAAAUGGACACCACAAAACCCUUGUUACUUUUGUGAUGAAUGUUUUUCGCUCCUCCACUUCAACGACGAUGGCUUGCCAUAUUAUAACAGCUUCCUAGAAUAUGAUUAUAAUCACGAUUAGUUCCUUUUAGUUUGAAGAACACUUUCACGAGGAUGUCAUAAAAAAACAAAAAUUGCAUUUGGUGGUGCAUUUAGUUUGGUAUCUACGGAAGCGCUAAAAUCUCCGGAGCCAAGAGGAUAGUAUAGAGCGUAGUGUUAGAUUAGAUGGGCACUUGCAUCUUUUAGAGGCAUGUUUGCAAAUUUUAUGAACUAGAUUUAGAGUCCCACAAUGUACGAAAAAUGAACGGUAUAAAUUUUUUGCACAAAAUCUUUUAGAUAAUUAAAAUGAUACUGGAGAAAUUUUGUA